CUUAAAGCCUUAUCAGGUUGUUGUGAUAUGAUAACUUUUGUCAACAGCGUUAACUCAUCCACUGUACGCAGCGCUCAGACUAGCGGAGGCGUUCUUGAUAAGAGAGGAAAGAAAAAUCAAAGCUGAUCAAUAAUGGUGCCGGCUCAUCGGCUGGCCAAUCUUAGCUCUGUAGAGGCGGGGGAUAGAACGUGUGCAAGGUGAUAUACUAGUCUAGUGAGGGGGCACGUAGUUAGUCUCCUCUGAAUGCAAUAGUGUUAUUUCAUUAUGUCAAUUUUUAGACUACCAACCCCGUUGACCGUCAGCUGCGGCCAGUCGGUGUUGGGUUUUUGCAGUUUAGCGCUUACUGUUUUAUUACUGCUUGUGGUCAGACAGCUGCUCAAGCAGCGGAGACCCAGAGGCUUUCCUCCCGGACCCAAACCUAUCCCAAUGAUAGGCAACAUUUUUUCCCUUGCAACGGAGCCGCACGUUUUUAUGAAGAGACAAAGUGAAAUCUACGGACAGAUUUUCAGCCUUGACCUUGGCGGCAUUUCAACUGUUGUCCUAAAUGGCUAUGACACCAUCAAAGAAUGCCUCUCACACCAGAGCGAAGUGUUUGCAGAUCGACCUUCUUUGCCCUUAUUCCAGAAAAUGACAAAAAUGGGAGGCCUCCUGAACAGCAAGUAUGGCCGAGGCUGGAUCGAACACCGCAAGCUGGCUGUCAACAGCUUCCGCUACUUUGGCAGCGGCCAGAAGCUGUUUGAGAGGAAGAUCUCAGAGGAAUGCAUGUUCUUCGUGGACGCCAUCGAUGAGCAGAAGGGGCGACCUCUGAACCCCAAGCACCUGGUGACCAACGCCGUGUCCAACAUCACCAACCUCAUCAUCUUCGGUGAGCGCUUUACCUACGAUGACAAGGACUUCCAGCACAUGAUCGAGAUCUUCAGCGAGAACGUGGAGCUGGCUGUCAGCGGAUGGGCCUUCCUCUACAACGCCUUCCCCUGGAUCGAGUACCUGCCCUUUGGCAAGCACCACAAGCUCUUCCAGAACGCUGCCGAGGUCUACACGUUUCUCCUGCAGAUCAUCGAGCGCUUCGCCCAGGGCAGAGUGCGCCAGUCGCCGCGCCACUUCAUCGACGCCUACCUGGAUGAGAUCGAACAGAACGCCAGCGACAAGAGUACUACCUACUCCAAGGAGAACCUCAUCUACUCGGUCGGGGAGCUGAUCAUCGCCGGGACGGAGACCACCACUAACGCUCUGCGUUGGGCCAUUCUCUUCAUGGCCCUUUACCCCAACAUUCAAGAGAGAGUUCACAAGGAGAUUGACAGCGUACUACUGAACGGACGAGCCCCCACCUUAGAGGACAAACAGAGGAUGCCCUUUGUGGAGGCUGUGCUCCACGAGGUCCUGCGUUUCUGCAACAUCGUACCCCUGGGCAUCUUCCGUGCCACGUCCCAGGAUGCCCUGGUGAGCGGGUACACCAUCCCCAGGGGCACCAUGGUCAUCACCAACCUGUACUCAGUGCACUUUGACGAGAAGUACUGGGGGAACCCGGAUGUCUUCUCCCCUGAGAGGUUCUUGGACAGCAACGGCAAUUUCGUCCGGAGGGAGGCCUUUCUGCCCUUCUCAUUAGGUCGAAGGCAUUGCCUGGGCGAACAACUGGCUAGGAUGGAAAUGUUCCUGUUCUUCAGCACCCUGCUCCAGAGGUUCCACCUGCAGUUUCCUCAGGGAUUUGUCCCCAGCCUCACCCCUAAACUGGGCAUGACUCUGCAGCCUCUCCCCUACUCCAUAUGCGCUGUCCGGAGACAGCCAUAAAGCCCCAGCCAUAAAUGACUUUAGUGCUUUCACCUCAGGGGAUCUUACUCGGAAAACUCCAACCUGUAUAAUGUUUUACGCAGGGAAAGGGGGUGGGUUGGUGGGAGGAGGAGGAGGAGGAGGAUGAUGUGAUGGUGGUGGGGAGAGUUGACCUCUCCGCUUGUCUACCAUUGAAUUUCACAUUCUGUGAAACCACCCUUUGAACUGUUUCAGAAAAAAAUGCCAUGGUUGUACUUGACUUGAUAGCUUUUUUUUUGUUUUUCGUGUCAGGAGGUUGGGCAAUGUAGCAAGUUGCGUGAAGCACAUUGUAGUAAUAUUUGCACAUUAUAUCUGAGAUAGAGGGAAGUGUUUGGUGCCUCAAAAACAAACGUGACAGUGUUAGACAAGACUUAUGUCAAUAAUUGACAAAUUUACCUUCAAAGUUUACAGUCAACUUUGUCCGUCUCUUGCAUUCCUUGAAAAAGAGGACAUACGGUCCGUUUUUUUUUUCUCCUUUUCCAGCUGUCUUUUUUUCCUAGAACUCUGUGAGCAGACUGUAUGCCAUCUGCUGGUCUUAUGCCAUAUAUUAUCGGGCUGAACCAACACCAGCAAGCAGGGCCACUGACAACUUUGUUCGGACCCAGGACGAGGUCAUUUGAAAGGGCCUCCCCUCACAGUACAUACUGCACAAAGUAAUGAGGAACCAAUUCUGGGCCUUCCUUCUCCCUGGGCCCGGGAAAACGGACACCUUUUGUACACCCUGUCAACUGCCUUGCUAACAAGCCAUGAGAGGCUUGCUCUGCAUUUAUACUUGAUUAUUAAACUCUAGGUGCUAUGGACUUUUGACUGUUAUAUACUACAGAGCUGAGAUGGUACAAACUUGAUAAAGUGUCCUAUAUAGAAAAAGCACUUCUGCUUAUUGGUUGUCAAUCUCUGUAAUGCACAUGAUUACUUUUUUUUAAGAAAAAAAAACAUUAAAAUGUACUUUCUAUACUUUUGUACUAUCUAUACCAACAGUGUAUGGUUGCUUAUGAAAAAAAGGAAUACCCCUAAUAAAUGAAUGAAUAUCUUUCUGUAACUUGAGUAUGGUCUUGCCUUGUUCUUUUAUAACAUCUCGCACAUUGAUAGCAGAGAGUAGACUGCGGUCACAGAUGUCUCCUCAAAUGCCCUUACGUUUUCCUUAGAAAAAAAUGAAAUGUGAAUUGUGCACGUAUACACACACACACACACACACA